GUCAUCUUAUUUAGCUAGGCAGCUUAGCCAUAUGGAGAGCUCAAAUACUACUUGCAAUUUCACACCCAUUGAUGCCUGCUUAUGGGAGGCGGCAGCAAAAGGCAACCUUGAUCCCUUCAAGGAGUCUGAUGUCCCUCUUGAUUGCUUACUGACCCCAAAUAAAAACACAAUAUUACAUAUCCACCUUACCUCCCGAAGUGAAAGAAAAAUUGAGUUUAUAAAAGGGGUACUCGACAUUCGUUUGUCACUGUUAUGGAAGGUCAAUGACCAUGGUGACACUCCGUUGCACAUUGCAGCAAGAUACGGGCAUGUUGAUGCAGCAAAAGAGUUAAUUGCAAAGGCUUCAGCAGAUGGUGACAAAGAUAUAGAGAGCGGAAAACAGCCAAGAGUUAAGGUAUUGGAGAUGUUAAGGAUGAAAAAUAAAAAUAAUGAUACGGCCUUGCAUGAGGCAACACGAAAUAGAAGUCUGCAUGAGGCGAGACAAAAAAGACGUCUGGGUGUUGUGAAAGAAAUAUUGAGAAAUGAAGAGCCUGAUGAUGAAUAUAAAUAUUCGGCCAAUGAUUGUGGGGAGACUCCGCUUUACCUAGCUGCUGACAAUGGAUGUGGAGAUAUAGUCCUUAAACUACUAAGAAGUCCCAAAUUAAAAUCGCUGGCUUAUGACGGCCCCAAUGGUAAAACGGCAUUACAUGCGGCAGCAAUGAACAAGAACAUACGUGGAGGUACAUCAGUAAACAGAUCUUCUUAA